AUGUUUUCUUCGAUCAAGUCCUCCUCGUCUAACACUGUGAGACGUUUGGUGGGGAAUAGGUAUUUCUAUACCACUGUGAGAUGUGCUGCUGGAAGGGGCAGGAUGGGUGGGAGAAACCAGCAAGUAUGGGAUUCUAGCAGGGGGGUUGUUUUUGCUGGGCAGAGCAGGGGGUUUACGCCUUCUCUGAUGAGACCAACUGAGGCUGGGGAGCGGACGACGGUGGAGAGGGAGACUUUUGAGAAGAGUGUUGAGGAGGGAGGGGAGGUUGCUGAGGAGAGGGUGGAGGUGAAGGUUGAAAAGGUCGAGACUGUCGGUGUUACGGGCGAGGAGGGACAGGAAAAGGCUGAGGAUGGGGAGAAGAAGGUUGAAGGUGGGGAGAAGGAAGAAAAGCGCGAGGAAGAAGUCCUCACACCACCACACACACCCCUCGACUACAAGAUCCCCGACGACAUCUUCCUCGCAGCCAAGAAAGCCCCCGAGGGCUCACCGAAAUCCUACUGGAGCUACCAAAUGUACCGGGGGCCUCAAAAUCUAAGGCCAAAGGUCCAUUACUGCACCACCCAGACCGUCGCCGAGCGCGUCAUCCAGAGAUAUUUCCUCAACGAGCCACUGCUAGGAUUCGACCUUGAAUGGAUGGCAGACGCUCUGCCAUGGCACGGGGCGAGAAAAAACGUCUCGCUUAUACAAAUCGCGUCACCAACCCGGAUUGCCCUUUUUCAUGUGGCCCUCUAUCCUAAAAGUAAACCCCUCGCCACGCCUCUUUUGAAGAAGAUAUUGGAGGAUCCAAAAAUCACCAAGGUCGGCGUUUGGGUCAUGGGCGACGCCAGUAAAGUGCAAAGGUAUCUCAAGAUCACCCCAAGGGGACUGUUCGAACUGAGCCACUUGUACAAGCUGGUCAAAUAUUGCGAGAGCGGGGAGCACAGCCUCAUCAACAAGAAGCUGGUCAGUCUUGGGAAGCAAGCCGAGGAGGUGUUAAAGCUGCCAUUAUACAAAGAGCUUGAUGUUCGAACAAGCAACUGGUUACAGUCGCUGCGGCUCGAUCAAAUCAUAUACUCAGCCUCAGACGCCUACGCCGGCGUCCAAAUCUACUCCAUGCUCAACCACCAACGCCUCCAACUCUCCCCCAGCCCUCCCCUCCCCCACCCCGCCGAACUCAAACUCCCUAUUGAACUCCCCGAUCACACCGUCCUCCCCCCCUCGACAGAAACGGACGAAAUAGAAAUGACGCCCGCCGAAGCCGUAUCCGAUCCAAAACUCACCACCACCACCACCACCACCAAAAAGCCACGGGAAUCCUCCACCUUCAAAAAGGAAAAGCACCCCCUCGUCCGCGAAGCCGACAUGUGGCUAGCACAAUACUUUGUCUCCCACCCCCAACCGGCAAACGCCACCAGCGCCACGGCCGUCAUGCCCUCCCACCUGAGGGCGUAUUACAUCUGGCAUCACAACCCAGAGCAGAGCAUACAAGACAUCUGCGCCCUGCUCCGCGACCCGCCGCUGCAGGUGGCGACGGUGGAGAAUUACAUCUUCAAGGCUAUCAAGCGGGCUGGUGUGCAGUAUGACAAGGCGAGGGUGAUCGAGAUGCUGGAAGCGAAAAGGCAGGCUGCGGCACCGGGGGCGAAGUUUUUCGAGUCCGAGUUUCUAAGCAAGUUGAAGAAGGAGGAGGAGGCAGCGAUGGAGGAGACGGUGAUGGAGGAGACGAGGAGGGAGGAUAGUGUUGUUGUGUAA